AAGAUUGGUGACCAUGGGAAAUUUCUCAUUACUUGCUGCUGCUGCAAGAAGGCUUGAAGGUAAAGUGGCACUAAUUACUGGUGGCGCGAGCGGCAUAGGAGAGUCCACUGCAAGGCUCUUCUCAAAACAUGGAGCUAGAGUUGUGAUUGCAGAUGUGCAAGACGACUUGGCUGAAUCUGUUUGCAGAGAUCUAAGCUCUUCGUCCACCUCAUUUGUCCAUUGCGAUGUAACAAAAGAAGAAGACGUGGAAAACGCUGUCAAAACAGCUACAAGAAAAUAUGGAAAGCUAGACAUCAUGUUCAACAAUGCAGGCACAGGUGGCAUAGCAAAACCUAACAUCCUUGACAAUGACAAGGCAGAAUUUGAGCAA